AUGAGACUGGCUCCGUGUUUCUUGCUGCCUGCCGCAGCGGCUGCAGCAAAGGCCUCCUAUGGCUCGCUCUACAUCUACGACGACCAAUCCAAGAAUGACCUCAACGCCCCCAUUGUUAGCCUCAAGGCUGACGCCGCCCGUCUGGUCAUCGCCUCGCGACUGGGCCUCGACCAAUACCACUCCCUUCAAGGACAGUCCGAAUCCGCUCUGGAAGAGAUCGAUCGUCUCUCUGGAGUCUCAUCUUUCCUCUCGUCUAGCGAUGCCUCUGUCGCCUUGAUUCUGUCCACUGCCGAUGCAGGCCUUCCUUUCUCUCUUGUCAGAUCUACCCAUACCGAGACGAUCCAAAUCAGAGAAUGCCCCGACUUCAACGCUGCAGAGAAGCUGCUCAAAGAUCUUGCACACCAAUCUGGCGUUGAGCACCUGAACGGCGUUCAACUAUCCACCGUCUCCUCUGAGACUGGUCCUGCCUUCAGAAUCGCCCAAGAUACAAUGGCACUUGACGAAGCUAUCAACACCUUGAUCAGCCAGUACCGCACCGUACUUGUUCUCACCGCACCCAAGGCUACCACCGACAACACAUUCGGCUCCUACGAUGGUCCUGCCGACUCGCAUCAAAAGCGCUACUUCAAGGAAGCCCCUUUGAUCACCGAAGUCACAAAGACCGCUUCGCACCUCAAGGCCACCUUGACCCCUGACGCUUCUUCCAACAAGACCUACAACCAGACCUCUCCUCUCAGAGGCAUCCUCCCUGGCUGCUUCGCCUCCCUGUCUGCAUGUCAGUCCAUGACUCGCAACUGCACUGGUCACGGCUCUUGCGUCUUGUCCCACACCGACAAGGAUGCCGGCGAUUUGGGUGGCAAGUGCUACUCUUGCGCCUGCAAGGCUGAAGUUCGCACGAACUCGGAUGGCACCAAGAAGACCACUCACUGGGGCGGUCCCGCAUGCCAGAAGAAGGACAUCAUCAUGCCCUUCUGGCUCAUCAGCUCCUUCUCCGUCUUCAUGGUCUUCCUAGUCAGCUGGGGUGUCGGUCUCCUCUACACCAUGGGCAGCCAAGAGCUUCCCAGUGUCAUUGGCGCUGGUGUCUCCGGCCCUGUCAGAAAGUAA